AUGAGCACAGAGGAUUUGGAACAACGACCACUUCAGCCAGAGCAGCAGGCAAACUAUGGGGCCACUUCGAGCCAGUCUGAGGCCAAGUACCACAAGCGAUAUCCUUAUAGGCCUCUGAUGGCACUGAUAACAGUUAUUAUGGUACUAUUUUCCUUGGCCGGGUGUGUAUUGUAUUUACGCCGAUUCAUCCCGUCGCAGGAAGCUGUACGGCAGUAUUAUGAAGAUGUCACUAAAAUUAACAUCCACAGUGUCAGCUAUGAAGGAUGGUACUCUGAAAAUGCUACAGAAAGUGAACUGUGGAUGGGCGAUACAACUAUUUCAAAAGAUGGCGAAAAAGUGCGAAAAUAUUUGAAACUUCGGACCACAGCCGGGGUACAAUUUGACCAUGAAUUGGCUACCUCUAGGCUAUCAAAUGAUACAGCAUAUAGCGAUCGUCAAAAAAAGAUGAUUAGGUUUUUUAGCCAGAAGAUAUUGAAAACGGUUUGUUUUGAGCUAAACAGCAUGACCGCCUUCAAUGAUAACAGUACAGCAACGCAGGCGUUGGGAUCGGUAAGUAUCCCCCAGACAGUGUGUCUGGAUCUUAGAGCUAACCAAAAAACGGAACUUGAUUUUCCGAUAAUCAUACAUCCUGAUGCUCAAAACGUUGCAUCCGUAAUUAUCAAAAUCUGGAAGCGUAAGUUUCAAGAACUUAAUUUGUGGUCGAAAUUUGACAUUACUCUGACCAAGUGGGGCUACUCCCUGGGCAAAAUAAAUAUAGACCGAUUGAACUGGAAUGACUUUUUAAAUUGGGGGAGGUUGAAGUCCUACGUUGAAGAAGUGCAUUCUUUUUUUGAACAACCAAUGGAAGUCGACAAUAUGGAGUUCAGUGACAAUGACAAGGCGGUCGAUUUCCGUGUUGCUAUCUCCUACACUCUCCCCACACAAUUGAGUGGUCUUUUUAGGUUUGAAGAAAACGCCACGAUUCCUUCAACAUUUUGGAAAGUGCGAAUGCCUGGCUGCAUUGGAAGUGACCCAAUUUUACUUGAAAAUGCUGUAUUUUGGACACCUACGCUCCUCAUAAGGGAUUUUUAUCAAAACUCGAACCCAGUUUUGCUAAAUAUUAGUGGUCGUGUCCAUGGUCCCUUGCCCGAUGAGCUACUUUAUCAAGUGUGUGAUUCAGACGAAGAAAAUGUCGUGACACCCAUCAAUCUUUUUCUCAACAGAAUGUUCAACGCAACGGAAACGGUGCAGUUUGACAUAAUAGGUCACACCUCGGGGCAUUCUACUCAUACCAUAGUUCCUAAAGCAAUGUUGGACGAAAUUUUGUCGAAAUUGUCACAACCCGUCCAGGCAAACCUCACAUUGAACGCUGACCAGUUAGUUGAGCAGGUCUCUAUUAAUGGAAUGAAGUUAAAAUGGGUUCAAAAAGGAUGGGACGACAAGAAACUAACCAUGAUGGGCGAAGUCAUAUCGAUGGUCAACAUUCCCUUUUAUAAUUCAGCCAAUGCGGGUGGUAAAACGACGAUGUCAAUUCAAAAAAUCAAAGGGCGCACUAAACUAUUUCACAAUGAUGUUCACUUUGUAACAAUUCCGAUGGACGUUUGGACGCCAGCAGACUCCGAGAUACUUCCCACUAACGACCCUAAACGCAAUAUUUUGCGGGUUUCUUUUGACAUUGCGGAUAAAGAUGUGGAGGUAGUUGACAGACUUGAGUUGACGCGAUGCCUUAACGAGGUUUUGGUCAAGGGUCAAGCAGAAGUGUUUGUGGAGGGAAAUCUGGACUUGAUGGUUGACACGCGGCUGGGCUCUAUCGUCCUACUGGGUCUGGAAGGCGAUGGUACAACCAUCGUAAAAAAAUAG